GGAUUACAGCAUUGGACCUUCACUUACUCUCGACAUCAGACCGCUCGAGAAUUAAAGACGCAGACAUGUUUGUCAGUAUUAUGUGUGCGGCGUUAAUGAUGCUGGUUUCGGCAGAGGAAGACAUACCUUACAUUAAGAGUCGCUUCAGCUACGAAUAUAGUGUGAUAAGCAAACUCGUUGAGCUGGAAAACGAUAAAAAAGAACUUGGUGAAAGGAUAAAUGUCUUGACGAGCGAACUGAAUGACAGCAGACACGACUUCUCUCUUUUGAACGCAAGUCUACAAGCCAUUAUACAAAGAGGACGUAUGUCAUCCGGGAGCACCUAUGUCCGAUGGGGAAAGAGCGACUGUCCGUCAGAUACCGGUUCGCGCGCCAUAUACAAAGGGUAUGUGGCUAGCGGCGAUCAUACGCAUGCAGGUGGAAGCGGUGAAUUUAUUUGCCUUCCCGAAGAUCCGAUACACGGCGACGAUAUAACUGGUGGUUAUAGAAGUUUGAUUGUCGGAACCGAAUAUGAGACAGGCGGCACGAGCAAAUGGGCGGAUGUAGUGGAUCACGACGUACCUUGCGUGACCUGCUACACGCCGAGUUCAAAUGUCCUGAUGGUUCCCGGCAGAAAUCAAUGCUAUGAAGGAUGGAACCUUGAGUAUUCAGGGUACCUGAUGUCUAGCUAUUAUAACCAUGCAUCACCAAAAAACUAUUUAUGUGUGAAUGAUUACCCGGAAAACCUUGACAGUGGCUAUGGCAGCGAGAAUGGGGCGUUACUGUACUUUGUUGCAGCACGAUGCGGGUCACUUCCAUGUGAUCCGUAUAUUGACAAUGGCGAGCUCACAUGCGCUGUCUGCACGCUGCCACCAUAUUGAGAUGUCCGAAACACUCGCAACACGCCUAAGCAAUUAACACAUAACAAACAGAUCCUAAUUAAAUAGCUACAGGAAAGGAAGCGUUAAACUAUCCCAAAUAUUUCUUUGCGUUCUUAAGGCCACACCAAAUUAAUGUUUAGUUCCUCGGAUUUUUGCCCAAAAAAAUUGGAGCGAGCGAGCGAAAAAAAAAAGUUUGUCAGUUUUCAUAAAAACCGAAGCGAGCGAAGAGUGAAAAAUAUAUUUUUCCUUAUAUUCAAUAUAAAUAAGAAAGAUUGUUCAAAAUAAUUGCCCUUAAACCCAUUUUAAUACCAUCUUCAACUGAACCUCUAAUGGACAUUGGGAAAAUGUCGGAAUACAUACUAUUUAUUCAUCCGUGUUUAGUACAAACAUUAUAUUGAUAAAUCUAAUGUCUUAUAUAAUUAAAACGUACUUUAAUAUGAUGAUCAUUCAUAAUAAUAAAUAACCCUGCUUUUAGUAGAAAGUUUGAAACGACUUAUCUAAAUCUACCUGAAUCAGUUUAACAUCAUAUGCAACUGUAUUUAGACAUAACUUAGGAUUGAUUUGGGAUUUGUAAAAAAUGAUCACUACUUACAUAGGCAUCAUCAAACAUCAGACUCCAUAUAACAUAGACUAAAUUUUGUUUUUAUUAUCACAGGAAAUGCAAUGACAUGUGCUUAUUAAAACAAAAAGAACAAGGG